AUGAUGUCUUGUUGUACACAGCUUCAGGAUACGAUUGAUGAGGUGACAACUCAAUUUUACUCAUCGAUUCAUUAUUUGAGUUCACAGCAUGAUUUCGUUCCGUUACCUGGACAGGAGAAAGCAUCAGAUACAAAAUUGAAUCCAAUUUCUGAAGAUGACUUAAAGUUUGUUCAAAAAGAUAUGGCUAAAGACUUGGUUACAAAGUUUCAGCAGAUAGAUGCUCUUAUUCAGCAGUUGCCCGGUAUUUCAACAGCUCCCAGACAUCAAAUGGAAAAGAUAAAGUCAUUCCAAAAAUUAAUCGAAGAGAGAAAGAAGGAAAGGGAACAGUGUGAAGCUGAAAACGAACGACUGAAAGCCUCCUUGGCUCAAAGGAUAGAAACCUUUGGACAAGUCACUUGCGAAUUAUUUCAAUCGCUAUAA